AUGCCUCGUACGACAAGAGCAUCAGUCGCUGCAGGCGAAUCAAAUUCCGCAGGACCUCCCUCCGAAAAUCAUAUCGACUUACCACAAAUUAAUAUGGAACUGACUCCACCACGAAAUCAUCGAUUUAGACCAUCACGCGCGAAAUUGGAAGUCGCAGAAGCCACAGAGACCGCAGAAGCACCAGAAAUUGGAAUUCCCACCGUUUCUUGGGUAAAGAAAAGUAACGAUUUGGAAAUCCCUGACGUUGCAGGAGGUGAUUUAUAUGGCGCAGAUUCGGAUGACCUUCCAGAGGAUCCAAUCUCCACGGCAUCGAAGACUGCUCCUUCCAGGAGGGUGUCGAGGUGGAAAGGAAAAGGGAAGAGCAUGGUUGUGGAUGAAGAUUUCCAUAAUAUUAAUGGUUCCUCUGAUUUGGAAGAUCUUACACGCGAUGAGGAUAUGCUUGAUAUUGACCAGGCUGCAGACAGUAAUUCGGAUUCCGAGCCUCCAAAAUGGACAGAUGACGAUCAAAUCUUGUUGGAUGCCACAUACCCGCAAGAACUUGCCCUUUGGUGGAGAUGUAAGGAGAUUUUUGACUGCGCACCUCAUGAUUUAUUUCCAAAAGGUGUAAAGGCAUCCAAUGGACAUUGGGAAGGUUACCAUUGCAAAGAUCAAGAUAGGUAUAUCAAGAAUGAUACAUGCCUUACCGGAAGCUUCUGUGCAACUUUAUCGGAGCUUAUUUGUUAUCCAUAUUUUCGGAAGAAUAAGGGAUAUGUCAAGUACGCUUUAUCCAAUGCCAUUAAAGCUAGGUGCGGUGACAAGGCUCCAGUUGGAAUGGCGGAUGGAUAUGAUUCUUCUGUGGACUGGGACAAGAAGUUCAAAGAAAUCAUCAAGGAUUUACAAGCUUCGGAAAUCUUCUUUGAUAAUAGACAGACGGAGAUUGUCGAACAUGUGCUUUCGACGCAUAUGAUUGGAGACCUUCCCCCACAUUCAGGAUUCUUGGAUAUGCCUCGCCUCAAAAAGAUUGCAAAUAAUUCCAGGGCUGUGAAAGAGACGUGCGACUCGAAUAAUUUGAUGAAUAUCGACCUUCAGAACAUCAUCAAAGCUUGGGAUUCUUACAACCAGGAAGGCGGCUUAAAUCUUCCAUCCAUAAAAGCAUCUCGGGAUGUCUACGACAAGCAGCACGGACAUGCUAAACAUGGAACGAGAGCUAAAAUCCUCGGCUGGAAGAAAGCCUGGAUUCUUGAAAAGAGACAGAAAGAAAAAGAGGAAGCUUCAAGGUCAAAGCCUCGGGCUCUUGUUAGCUCGCCAUUGCUUGGUGGUUCGCCGGAUGUAGAUGACCCAUUCGCUGAUCUGGUGGAAAAUGAUCAAUCUUCCAUGCAAACCAGAGUCCCCUUCAUUCAAGACCCAUCUAAUUCCAAGGGGAAUCCAUUAUCAAAUGCUGAUCCAAGGGAUUAUGAAGACGAUUGUGCCAUGAUGGGUGGCGAUGAUAGGAUUUCGGAUGAUGGUUUUGCAGUCCAAUCUUGUGGUUCACCAGCUAGCCCAAUCGCCGAUUGUCAAGAGAAUUUUGUGGUCGAUGACAGUCAUAAAGCUGGUGUACAAGAUGUUCAUGGUAGCACCCAGAAGAUCGUUUCACCAGAUGUUCUUGAUCAAACUCAGGACAUCUCGGUACAGGAUGAUGUCGAGAGAACUUCAAAACUUAUCGUACAAGGUUAUGAUAUGUUCUCAGACGAUGAUGUCGAGGGUGCAGAUGAUGUUGAGUUCUCUCAGCAUGAGGGAGAUGCCGAGAUUCAAUUAGGGCUGUCAACAAUCCAGAGGAGCUGUUGA